GGGAAGUCGGAAAGUAUUCACGGGUGCACAAGUUUGUAUACAAACAUCAGACAUCGAAGCAUUUAGCAGCGCAUUGUUCCUGUUUUAACGUCAGUAUUGGAUGAUUUGGAAAGUCGAUGCCUUAGUGAAUGUUUUAAUUUAUCGAUGUACUGAGCUGGGCCCUGAUGGCUGCAGAAAACGACAAACUCACACUGAGGCGUCUGGAGGUGCCAAUCCAUAAGUUCAUUAAAGUGGCAAUACCCACGGACUUGGAAAGACUGCAAAAACAUCAUAGUAACAUCUUAAAGUAUCAGCAGUUGCAGCAAUGGGACAAGCUUCACGACGAGCACAUAAAUUCAAUUCGAACAGUGCAGCAGUUGAGAGCAAAUGUGAGAGAGAUGGAGAAGUUGUGUGGUCGUGUGCGCGUGGAAGAUGCCGCCUCUCUGGAGAAACUGGUGCGCCCGAUCAGAGACAGAGCCUCCACCGCGGUCCAGGACUUUUUACUCCUGCACCCGGCCCCUGACCCCCGGGUGACCCAUGCACCUGCCGCUUAUGCACCUGCCACUCACGCACUUGCCACCCACACGUCUUGCAGCCCUCAUGACGAAGACGAAGAAGAGGAGACACUAUGUGAAAAGCAAAUUCAGCUCCCUACCAUACCUCCAGAUGAGAUUGCAGCAGAAUCCUGGGAAAACCUAGAAGAGGAUCUGAGAGAGCUGGGUGGUUUGGUGACAGAGUUCUCCAUUCUUGUCCAUUCCCAGCAGGAGAAGAUUGACAACAUCGAGGACAACGUCAACAUGGCCGCCUCCAACGUGGAGGAGGGGACACGUAGUCUGGGGAAGGCUGUGGGUUAUAAGUUAGCAGUCUUGCCCAUCGCUGGAGCUCUUCUCGGGGGAGUGAUAGCGGGUCCACUUGGCCUCCUGGCUGGGUUCAAGGCUGCAGGGGUGGCGGCUGCGGUCGGAGGAGGGGCGCUUGGGUUCGCUGGUGGGAACAUGGUCCAAAAGCAUCGCAAAGCUGGUUUAGAUCUGCAGAUGAAACAGCUGACGGCUCCACCAUCAAAACCAGAAGAAGAAUUACCGAAGGAUAAAUGACAAUGAAUUAAACUCUAACUCACGCAAGAAGCCAAGGAUUUGCCUUUUAAAUGAUAAACUAACUGCCUUAUUUAAGUGUAUUUGUUACGUGUAACUGCCAAUGUGAAAACUGACGAUGUGGUUAAGUUAGCUUCUUUUAGGCUUACUUUUGUACGUUGGCUAUGAAUGUUUUUCAAAAAACUACUGACAACCUGUAUGAAUCCCUCCUGUUAAUGUAGGCCUAUACGGUUAGACUUUAAAGGGUGUACUGCGUAACAUUUCUGCUGUAGGGUAUGCCACCUGCUCGUCUCCAUGGAGAUGUUAUUGCUUUGUUUGAAAUAGUCCAAAGUAUGACAUUGAACAUAUAUAUCUGGCAUUUAGUUGAUUAUGGGUGUCUUUUGCUCAAAUCCACCUUGAAAAAUAUGCAUUCUUAUAGUGAGUGGGCUCGCUUCUCCACAGAUCUGACCUCUGGCAUGAGUGGGUUCGCCUGCUUGUUACUGGCAAAGCAAUAACAUAAUUCAAUGGAGACAAGCAGGUAGCAUAAAAGUGAUAUAAUGCACCUUUUAUAGUCCUGCUGCAGUUGUACUAAUAUUGGAUGGCCAGAAAUGUUUUGUCAUUAGUUAAAUAUUAAAAGGCCCAUAUUACUAUAUUUUCUGAUCUGUUAUUUAUGCUGUUUUCUCGUCACAAACAUUCCCAGACCACACAGACCCUGCAUAUUUAAACUGAGUUCUUCUCUCAAACAGAAAACACUCUGUCCCACCUUGUGAUGUUAUGUGGUAAUACAGGAAGUGCUCCACCCUGUUUUUAAACUCCAUGCACCUUCACUAGAAUUAUGUGGAUGAUUUCAGCCUUGGACUUGCCAAUCUCUGCUGAACUUGAAAACUUCUGCUUCAUGAUGUCACAAGGUGGAACAGCAUUUUGAGCUUUGGGGAUGCAGACAGACUAAUAAUGCAGGGUUACUCAAACAUGUGUGAAUGAAACAAAACACGACUCCGGGUAUGUUUUUGAGGAGGUAACAACCUUCUAAUAUGGCUUAAAGCUCACAAGUGUAAGCUUUAAGCCUACUGCAUAAUGUAGGAACUUUAAGUAUUAAAUGUGCUUUACAAAAACUAUACUUCUAUACAAACUGCAACAAUGUGCCACUGAAUGCAACAUUUUUUCAUGAUAAAAAUGCACUUGUUUUUGCCAAAUAAAAUGUUUUCAUGUAAACUAAAGCAUUAAAUGAUGUGUCCAGACAACA